UGGCGGCGGAGGAGCUGGAGGUGCGAUGGCCGAGGGCAGCGCUGUGUCCGACCCUCAGCACGCCGCGCGCCUGCUGCGGGCGCUCAGCUCGUUCCGGGAGGAGGCGCGCUUCUGCGACGCGCACCUGGUCCUCGACGGCGAGGAGAUCCCGGUGCAGAAGAACAUCCUGGCGGCGGCCAGCCCGUACAUCAGGACAAAGUUAAACUAUAAUCCUCCCAAAGAUGACGGCUCCACUUACAAGAUUGAACUUGAAGGGAUAUCGGUAAUGGUUAUGAGAGAGAUCCUGGAUUACAUCUUCAGUGGGCAGAUCAGGCUAAAUGAAGAUACAAUCCAAGAUGUUGUACAGGCGGCCGACCUGCUGCUGCUGACGGACCUGAAAACCUUGUGCUGUGAGUUUUUGGAGGGCUGCAUUGCCGCGGAGAACUGCAUCGGCAUCCGCGACUUCGCGCUGCACUAUUGCCUGCACCAUGUGCAUUACCUGGCCACGGAGUACCUGGAGACUCACUUCCGAGAUGUCAGCAGCACAGAGGAGUUCCUGGAGCUGAGUCCGCAGAAGCUCAAAGAAGUGAUCUCUCUCGAGAAGCUCAAUGUUGGCAAUGAAAAAUACGUGUUUGAGGCGGUGAUUCGGUGGAUAGCGCAUGACACAGAGAUGAGAAAGGUCCACAUGAAGGAUGUCAUGUCAGCACUGUGGGUCUCAGGGCUGGACUCCAGCUACCUGCGGGAGCAGAUGCUGAAUGAGCCUUUGGUACGGGAAAUCGUCAAGGAGUGCAGCAACAUCCCGCUCAGCCAGCCGCAGCAGGGGGAGGCCAUGCUGGCCAGCUUCAAGCCGAGGGGCUACUCAGAGUGCAUAGUGACCAUUGGAGGGGAGGAAAGAGUUUCACGGAAACCCACGGCCGCCAUGCGAUGUAUGUGCCCUCUCUACGACCCUAAUCGGCAGCUGUGGAUCGAACUGGCCCCUCUGAGCAUGCCCAGAAUUAACCAUGGCGUUCUCUCAGCAGAAGGGUUUUUGUUUGUGUUGGGGGGCCAAGACGAAAAUAAGCAGACACUGAGCUCGGGAGAGAAGUACGACCCAGACGCCAACACGUGGACUCCUCUCCCGCCCAUGAAUGAGGCAAGACACAACUUUGGGAUCGUGGAGAUAGAUGGGAUGCUGUACAUCCUUGGAGGGGAGGAUGGUGACCGGGAGUUGAUUUCCAUGGAGUGUUAUGAUAUUUAUUCAAAAACCUGGACAAAGCAACCUGACUUGACCAUGGUUAGAAAGAUUGGCUGCUAUGCAGCUAUGAAAAAGAAAAUCUAUGCCAUGGGUGGAGGAUCAUAUGGAAAAUUGUUUGAGUCUGUGGAGUGUUACGAUCCCCGGACCCAGCAGUGGACUGCCAUAUGUCCACUGAAAGAGAGGAGGUUUGGAGCAGUGGCCUGCGGUGUUGCCAUGGAGCUGUAUGUAUUCGGAGGCGUCAGAAGUCGAGAGGACAUCCAGGGCAGUGAGAUGGUCACCUGCAAGUCUGAGUUCUAUCACGACGAGUUUAAGAGGUGGAUCUAUCUUAACGAUCAGAACCUAUGCAUUCCUGCCAGUUCAUCCUUUGUGUAUGGCGCUGUCCCCAUAGGAGCCAGUAUUUAUGUUAUCGGAGACCUUGACACAGGUACCAACUAUGACUACGUGCGUGAGUUUAAGAGAAGCACGGGCACCUGGCACCACACGAAGCCACUCCUGCCAUCCGACCUUCGGCGCACAGGCUGCGCAGCUUUGCGCAUCGCCAACUGCAAGCUCUUCCGUCUGCAGCUGCAGCAAGGCUUGUUCCGCAUCCGGGUCCAUUCCCCUUGAAGAGGAAGAGGAGCCAAAAGCGAGGUCCUGCCCCAAGCGCAUCUCGUGGCUGGUCGUCAGCAAGCACAGAGAAGCAGCUCCAUCUUGCUGUGUGCUGGGCAUCAGUAUGGUUACUCUUCGGUGGUUUUUUAAUGCUUAGAAACUUGGGCUUCUGCUCUUGUUUGGAGACCAUGUAACUGUUGAAAAACUACCCGGGAGGAAUCAGUUCCUCCAGCCCGAUGCGUUUGUAAACCGUGGAGGCUAGUGAAUGUCAAAAGGAGGGAGUGGGGGGUUGGUGUCAUGUGAAAUAUCAGAGUUAAAGCCCUAAGGUGCGUAUUCCCAGAAGGGAACUCUUACCUAACUGACUGUGUCCCAGUGUAUGUGGCUGAGGUAGACAAACAACAGAACCCAUAUAUGCAAGCCAACAUCCCCAGCACACAAGGCUGUCCUUGUAUGGUGUGGAGGGGUAGAUGCCUAACCACACUCAGUAAACUGAGGUUUGUGCCAGUUAGUUCCCAUUUAUUACUAGUCCUCUGUCUUAAGAUUCUUUAAGAACUAUAUUCUGAUGCACUGAGACUGAGAUAAAACUCCUCUCUGACAACAAUCUUUCAGUUGCCCAAAGAGCUCAAGUCCGCAGCCCCAUAUGAGCUUAAAGGAAUCGCUCGCUAUAAAAGACCCUGCGUUCUGAGAGAGUUCUGGGGGCGCUGUGAGCUUGGGAGGGAGCGUGUACCAUUCUUUCUUUCUACCUGGAAAAGCAAACUCCAGGCUGGUAGCACAGAGGAGACUUCAGAGUGGAGCAAAUGACAGAGGUCUGCUGCAACUCAAAACACAAAAAAGCUGUCCAGGUGACGUCCAUAGGAAUCAAACCUUCUUCUACCUUGUCGGAAAGCACACGAAGUCCUGUUUACUGCUGCUUAGACAUUACAAACUUAUCUUCGAAUGCAGGUGUGUUUGGAAUCUCGUCUUUGUAACAGGCUGCCCCCAAAGCCGUUCUCUGGUAGUUUUAGAUGACUUUCACUCCCAGUAAUGUUUGGCUGGUAGAAUAAACUACCUCAACUUAAUUUCAUUCUGUUCCCGUUAGUGCCCUCUUCCUUUCUCCCUCCUUCCCCAUCACUCAUUGCCACUUCCGCCCUCCUUCCCAUUUCCCAUUAGUAAAAACAAACCAAUCUUUAGUUGGUGGAAUUUAUCUCAUAAGAUACUGUUUUCCAUUCAGAUUAUGCCCCCUUGGUGUGAAGUCAGGGACUGGAGUGUACUCCAUUACUUGAUAGUGUGAGUUGUAUGCAAUAUCAAACUUCUAGUCAACUUGAUACAGAGUUCCUCGUUUCUAAUUGUUUUCUACAAGUUUCUUUCUUGGCUAGAAGAGGCAACAUUGUAUCUUAGUGAUUGCUAAAUGUAUAAGUACAUCCUUUGGUUAUAAAUUGGAGAACAGGAAUUUCUUCUAGAAACUUCCUACGUGAGAUGUUUAUAUGCAAUUAAAUUGCAUAUGAAACAUUAAUCCUCUUUCCCCCCGCCUGUGGACCUGAAAAGGCAUGGCUUCUCCGCAGGGAUUUUCCUAUACCUGUCUCGAGUGGUCGGCAUUAUAAAAAGUUGGGGAGAAGAACCCGGAGGGUGGGUGUAAAAAGGGCUGGGCGUGGCUUCCUAACUCAGCUGUGGCCAGAAGCAACUUGGCAAGAGAAGGUCUAAGUUUUUAUCCUUUGCUCUAGGCCGGAUGUGCCACACAUCCACGCCAUCCCAUCCAGUCACAUUUAUUGUCAGUCAGUGGAUUAUGUUGCAUAUCAGCCAUGUUGCUUUCCAUCGAGGAAGCCACAGCAGAGAAAUUGCCAGAAGGGCGAGUUGACUUUGGUGAAAUACCUGCACAGGACAGAGCCAUGGCCUGCCAGAGCAGAGAGAAACCGACGCAGGACAGCUGUGGUAACUGCUCUGUUUUGGUUUUUAUUUGUUGUGUUGUUGUUGUUUAUUUGUUUGUUUAAACUCCUGAAGUUUAAAAUUCUCAGUGUGCUUCAGGCCUCUCCAAGGAGACAGUUCCUUGUUUAGAGUCAUGGGUCCAAUAGUGAUGUCACUAGUGCCUGUUGACUUGGUCAGUUCACUUAAACAAACAAACAAACAAACAAACGGGUUUUCACUUCAGUUCAUUGACACUAUGGCUGCAGAAAUUAAUGUUUUAUAAAAUAAAUUUGCAGCUUAAUAUGGGAUGCAAUAACAAAAGCUGCUAAGUGCCAAACUGUUAUUUUUAGGGGUGUGUGUGUGUGUGUGUGUGUGUGUGAGAGAG